GCAGCCCCCGGCACAUGGGCCGCGGCUCCGGCAGCGCGGAGCUGGCCAUGGCCGCACCGCCCGCCCGCUGCCCCGACUGCCCGGGGCCGGAGCGGGGGGGCGGCGGCGGGACCCCCGCCGUGCCGCACCUCGGCAUUGCGGUGGACGAGGGGGACGUGCUGCCCGGGGCGCUGCGGAUCGUGCGGCGGCUGAGACCCGCCUGGGAUCCGGCCGCGGUGAAGACCAAGCUCUUCACUGACGGCAUCACCAACAAGCUGGUGGCCUGCUACACGGACGAGGGCAUGGCGGACGCGCUGCUGGUGCGGGUGUACGGCAGGAAAACCGAGCUGCUGGUGGACAGGGAGACGGAGCUGAGGAACUUCCAGGUGCUCCGAGCCCACGGCUGCGCCCCCGAGCUCUACUGCGCCUUCCAGAACGGGCUCUGCUACCAGUUCCUGCCGGGAAUCGCGCUGGGACCCGACCACGUGAGGGAUCCACACAUCUUCAGGCUGGUGGCCCGGGAGAUGGCCCGAGUCCACGCCAUCCACGCCAACGGGAGCCUCCCCAGGCCCAUCCUGUGGCAGAAGCUGCACAAAUACCUCAGCCUGGUGAAGACAGAGCUCAGCCCAAAGGUAUCCAACGCCAGCCUCCCGCGGGACGUGCCCAGCCCCGAGGCGCUGGAGCAGGAGCUGGCCUGGAUGGAGGAGACGCUGUCGCAGCUGGGGUCCCCCGUGGUGCUGUGCCACAACGACCUCCUGUGCAAGAACAUCAUCUACGACAGGACACGAGAGCGCGUGCGCUUCAUCGACUACGAGUACACGGGCUACAACUACCAGGCCUUCGACAUCGGCAACCACUUCAACGAGUUCGCAGGUGUGAAGGAGGUGGAUUAUGGCCUCUACCCCAGCAAGGAGACGCAGCUGCAGUGGCUGCACUCCUACCUGCAGGCCUACAAGGAGCUCGCCCAGGGCCAGCCAGGUGACAGCCAGGUGUCCCAGGAGGAGCUGGAGACCCUCUACGUGCAAGUGAACAAGUUCUCCUUGGCGUCCCAUUUCCUCUGGGCCUGCUGGGGCCUGAUCCAGGACAAAUAUUCCACCAUAGACUUUAAUUUCUUACGAUAUGCAAAGUUGAGGUUCAAACAGUACUUCAGGAUGAAGCCGGUGGUCACAGCCCUGCAGGUCCCCAAGUAGGGGCCGCCCCGCGCUCUCCUGUCCUGGCCGUGCCCACCUUGCCCCUCGCCCAGCGGUGCCAAGGGGGACAGGAGGAGCCACCCCCGCUCCCAGGAGAGCCUGGCCACCCCCAAGAGUGGACCACGAGAUGCUGGAGAGGACCAGGGCCCCGCGUGGCCCCAGGAAGCCCCACCACUGCCUUAAUGCCCGGCGCCGGUGCCCGGCAGGUCCGUGCCCGCUGGCACUGCUGCUGCUGCCGGGCCUGGCACCACCCCUCCCCUGCGCUGUCCCCAAGGGGGACACGGCGUCCCCCCGGCCGCUCAGGGCCCCCAGAGCUGCCCCACUGUCCCCUCCUGCCACCCCCAAAGCAGCUCUGUCCCACGUCCCUGCUGGCCCCAGGCUUGUCCCUGAGGGGUGGCAGCAGUGGGCAAAGGGGCAGUGCCAGCCGUGAGCCCCUGGCACCUGUGGGUGCUGCUGUGGGCACGGGGUGCCCGCCCCGCUGCGCUGUGCCAGCCCCGGGGUGUCCCCACAGCUGCCCCCGCCUGUCCCCACUGUCCCCUUGGCUUGGUGGCUUCCCCCCCGCCCCCAGGGGGUUCUGGGGACAUCCAGGGGGGUCUGUCCUGCCUGUCCCCACCCCUGUCCUCCUCCCUUGGCUGUGUCCCCAGCCCCCUGCCCUGCUGAGCCCUGUCCAGCUCGUCUCAGCAAUCAGGGCCCUGUGCCCCCCUGGGCCAUGGGGACAAGGUGGCUGUCCCUUCUCCGGGCACAGGGAUGUCCCCCAGAGCCCUGUGCCCCCCCAGACCCUGGGGACAAGGUGGCUGUCCCUUCUCCGGGCACAGGGAUGUCCCCCAGAGCCCUGUGCCACCUCAGCUGAGGGGACAAGGUGGCUGUCCCUUCUCUGGGCACAGGGAUGUCCCCCAGGCAGACCCAGGGCUGCUGGCACGUCCGUGUUUGUUUUGGUGGGAAAUAAAAGCUGCUGGUAGCUGAAUUUGGGGCUGUGGAUCUGGGGCUGGAGCAGGGGCAGCCCCCCCGGGCUCUGGGGGUGCUCCUGUCCCUUCUGUACCCCAAGAUGUCCCCAUCCAACCCUCACCCCCACUCUGGUGACGCCCAAGCCCCGCUCUCUGCUCCAAAAAGUCACUUUUAUUGUGCCAAGGGCCAGGGGGAGGAACGAUUGUAAACAGGGAUGUGAAAUAUACAGGUUAAGUUA